AUGAAGCCUGCCAAACGACGCUCUACGACAAUGGACGAACAAACCUUUGUCCCAGAUACAAUGAGGGCUCUAUACUGGUGUCCUGCCUCCACGGCUCUCCGCGACAACACUUCUCUGGAGAAUCCCAGAGUAGACUCGGAAACGGUUUUCGACAUGGACUUUCCUACUCCAAAGCCGUCACCAUGCCAGUACUUGAUUAAAGUACAGACAGCUGCAUUUUCGCACGACGAACUCAGACUCGAAAAAGAGCUUAACCCGUCGAAGUCCAUACCACAAGUCCCUGUACAUAACUUCUGCGGCACAGUCAUCAGCACUCCUUCCAAAGACCAUGAGAAGCCAGAAGGUCCGAUGUUCAAAGUAGACGAGGUUGUCUUUGGACUGGUUGACUAUUCUCAGGACGGCGCAGCGGCCGACUACGUUCUUACAACGGAAGAUCAAAUCGCCCACAAACCCCAGAAUAUAUCCGCUGCGGAAGCAGCUACCAUACCUCUGCCGGCCCUCACAGCCUGGCAAGCUCUCUUCAAGUAUGCCGGCAUCGAUCCCACGCAAGUUAAAGACAAGGGUAGCAAACAAUUACGCGUCCUUAUCACAAACGCUCACCGCAGUGAGGUCGGAACCCAAGCUCUUCACCUCCUCCGAUCUCGAGAACUAUUCCCUCGCCAUCGUCCUUGGAUCUGUGCAACAUGUUCCUCGGAAGACAACGCAAACGAGAUGCGCCAGCUUUCGCAGGCUGACGAGACCAUCCUGAUUCCCGACCCCAUCCCCAAGGACUUCGAUCUCACAGCCACCUUCUGCCGCAACAAAUGGGGCCCUGUCGACGUCGUCCUCGACUGCACAGGUGAGGGCAUCCUCCAACAAUCCAACAACCCCGCCGUUAUCAAAGACGGCGGCGCCAUCCUAACAGCCGUGGAUGCGAAUCCCGUCCUGAACAUAAACCCAAUAAAGAGCGACGGCAAGCCACAGACCCGGUUCGUACACGUCGAACCAGACGGCAAGACCCUAGAGCUGAUAGCCAAUAUGGUCGAGGAGAAUAACGUUCGUGGCCGCGUUGAGAAUGUCGUUGAUCUGAUCAAUAGCGCGGGCGUUCUUUCUGCUGACGCUGCGGCUGUUGGUGGUGAGCAACGAGGUGGGAUUUUUGUUAUUCGGGUGAACUGA